AUGGGGUCGAAACGAUCAAAGUCUACACCUUUGACUGUAGAGGAAAGUCUGUCAGGAGAAUAUCAAGAACAGUUUGGAGUUCAGCAGCCAUCCAUGAGGAGCUACGACGAUCGCGAUCAUGGCGCCCGGAGCUACGACCAAGACGCGAUAGGAGCUCACCGAGGAGGGGCGAGUCGCGGAGGCGGCAGCUACCAAUCGUUUCAGCAAGGAGACUAUAGUUAUAGCGGAUCGUAUCUGGACGGAGAUCAACCACCUGAGGAACAGUAUUACCAGGAUCAGUAUCUUUCGGAACAUGGAUCGCAAUGCUACACAGAUGAUGGUGAACCCUACUAUGGCGAAGAUCAAGGGCAGUUUGAGCAACAUGAACAAUAUUAUGGUGGCAAGAAUGGCUACAACGACCAGAAACAAUCACCUCCGUACGAAGCAGGCUACCAUCAAGGCCACCCUGAUGGUUAUCCUCAUCAAUACGAUGACGAGCGAUACCCAGAAGAAUAUGAUGGUUACCAGCAUGGACAUCCUGAAGCCUAUGACGAAUAUCAAAUUGGUCAUCCAGACGACUACAAUCCAGAGUAUCGUGAAGCAAAGUCACAAGACUACAGAGGACAUCGACAAGCAGAUCAUUACGACGAAUACGACGAUGGAUAUGACCGAGGCCAUGGGCAACAACGUCGUGAUUGGCCCCAACCAGAGGAAGAAUUCAGUCACUUUGAUGAUCAAGAACAGUCAUACGUUUCUUAUGGUCAGAAUAAUAAACGAUAUUCAUCCUAUGAAGCUCGUCAGAAUGCUGAAGGCCACUGGGAGGAAGCAUCUGAAAUCGAUGGUGGUGGUACCAUUUCAUCAAAAACAUUGAAUACCAAUCUCGAGGGCAUGAAAUAUAUCCCACCAUACGACAACAAUACCUAUUACGGAGGCGAGGAGAGUGCUUUUGAUUACUCAGAAGGCCCGGAACUGGCAAGAAGCGAACCCCCUGAAAUCCCAUUCCAUGGAGCUUCGACCCUCGAAUCGCCACUACAUGACGAUGAAGGGUCGCAAGGAAGUGGGUCCGUUUGGGAUGGCACUGACCUUCGAAAUAGAUCGUUGGUGGAUAAUCCUGUCAGCCCACUGAGUCAAACACAGUUCACCAUUGGCAAUCGAACGGAAUAUUCGGACGAAUCUCGAAGCACUCGUAGGCCUGUGAGCAGGUUUAUUCAGAAAACAAAGAAAAAUGUCGGAUGUGCUGGUGUCACAUACGGCGAUGGAGAGUUCCAAGUGAGAGCCAAACGGGGCAAACGAGGAGGAGGAGGCAGUCGAUCCAAAAGUAAGCGAGGCGAAAGUGCCACAAUCUUGGACAUUAUGUUCAAUGUCGGACACGAUUUGAUCGUAGGCACAUCAAAGGACAGGGGAGGACGACGCCGUAAGCGAGAUCCCGCAGGCAAGAUUGUGGAUGGAUUUAAAGAGAUGUUUAAUUGUGGUGUAGAUAACGACGUGGAUGAUGACGAUGAUGACGAUUAUGGCUCCUACCACUCCUAA